AAUAUAAACAUACACAUGGACCCCUUAAACCUUGUUAAGAUCUUUGUGAGCAACAUUUUAUGUCGUAAUAUUUAUACAGAGUUUAAGAAGCAGUUAUAACAGGAUUACUGGCUGCUUUACAAUUCGUUAUUGCACAGCCAAAUAGUUGACGUAAACUGCGAAUGAUCUGUUCUGAACCAUAGACUGUAUAAUACAGCACUGAACCGAUUCCAUAGACAUACAUAUUUAACGCUUUAUGAUCAUGUCUCAUGAUUAAACAUUAGAGUAAACACUACACAAGAGGCAGGACUACCUGAACUACAUUUCCCGGUAUAGCGUUUGUCAAUUGUGUCCAACUCAAUAUGGAUGGGAUAUUGAGUUCUUAACAAAGUCACUACUGCUCUGUUAUAAAUGCAUGCCUUUAAAAUAAAUAUACCUCUCCCAUGAGCCAUUGCGGUGAGAAGUUGCGUAUCCAUGACAGCCUGGUUGUUGUUGUUAUUGUGGCGUUAAUCCUCUAUGGAGCUUAAUGGAUGUAAACAUUUCAAGUGAUUUCUUUAGUUUGCUGUGUAUUUUGCAGUGAAUUAAAAUUAGCAUAUUUUAUUUUGUACAAAGCCAUAUGCUUGCUAAUUAAAUGUACAUAAAUAUGUGCAUUUAACAGCUAGUUCAGCUAUUUUCACUUUAGGAAGUUUAACGUUAACUUCUCACAUAACGUUAGGCCUCGAACUGGCUCAGAAUACAUCUAUCGUUAGCUGCACUAGCUAACUAGCUAGCUAAAAGUUACAGCGAACGAUGCUUAACCCCCGGCAAGGGAGCCAUCGGGGCCGGGGAUCAGAAGCUAGUCCGACGAGGGAAUGCCCGAAAAUAGCGAUGUGUCGAUGAAAGCAAAGAGGAGUUGCAAGAAUGAUUUCGCGAUACACAAGGCGACCUGUGUCGCACAAUCUGGAGAUUCGCGGGAUCUCGCGGACCAGUCUGGACCAUCACCCCCUUCCCGAGGAGGCCGAUGAUGAGUACCUACCUCAGCACCUCCUACACGACCUGCAGGAGACGCUGUCCACCUGCAACAGCUCAGAGGCGUCCGGGGCUUCUGGGAGGUCGGGCUGCCCCACCGUUACCAGCGGCGACACGGGAAGAUCAUGGUCCGGGAUUAAUAGCUACACGGGAACGGGGGUCUCCACGGAGCGAAGCUCUGUCUUCUCCUGGGGCUACGACGAGUUCGACAAGGCGGCCUCUCGGCAGGUCCAGCAGAUGUUUGAGGAGAUUGAGGAGGAGCUGUACGAGGGGCGGGGCGGAGGGCAGCUUCGGGGGCUCCAGGAGGAGUGUCAGCAGUGGGCCUCCAGGUUCCCGCACCUGCGGAUUCUGGGGUCUCAGCUGGUUUGUCCCACUGAUGAGGGCUUCCAGUGGUUCGCCACCACGAGCAAAGGGGCGGCCACCAGCGCACCAGCCAAGGACGGCAAAGACAGGACCAGCGCUGAGCUGAGUGUUCAGGGCCAGAAGGCAGUGAUGUCCAAGCCUUGUCUGGAGGGUGACCAGCGGCCCGGCUCCCCCAGGGGCUCCGGGUUGGAGGAACCGCCCAGAGUGAUCGAAGCUGAAGGACUGAUGGAGGAGUACCUGGCCUUCGACUGUCGAGACCUGGAUGAGGAGUGGGAGGGCACUCAGGUGGGGAGGCGUCGCCGCUGUCUGCCUCCUGUCUCUCCGUACCGCUGCCGGCAGCAGGCAGUACUGGACCUGCUGUUUGACGACGUGUGGUGCGAGCUGAUUGGCUGGAUGGAGGAGCUGGUUCGACGUCACUGGGAGGGCUGCGUCUCAGAUGAGGAGAAGAAUGCGGCCGCCCUAAGCCCCGCCCACCCCGACCCGCACAACCCCUUCCUGCUGCUCUCCACCCUGCCUGCCGUCCUGCCCCGCCUGGGCCACACGAGGGCGCCACUGCUAACCUCCAGCCUGCAGCCGCAGAGCGCAAAGUCGUGGGGUUCAAAGCACAAGUCCAGGCGGAAAUCCAAAAAACAGAGAAAGCCGUCUACUUCCAGUCGGGUCCCCGUGGGCGGGGCUGUAACACAUCACAACCUCAAUGACCUCAUUGUGAUCCAUGGCAUCCCCCUUCAACAGAGGAACCUGGGGGUACUGGACAAAACGCAGGAUACCGAGGAGAGGGGGUCCCAUCGGCCAGGUUCCAGCAUGGCCCCCUCCGCCAGGCCCCGCCCCCGCCGCACCUUGGAGCAGAGCUCCUCCUCUCUGUCCCGCCCCCCGCAGUCAGCCCGCCGCCGGAAUCCGCCUCCCCGCACGCUCCUCCCCCUGGUGCCCAGCCCCGCCCAGUCCAGCACGGCCGGCUCGAUGGACGAGGUCAUUCGCGGGACUCGUCUGCCAACUGCGAGUGACCGGCUGGCUUCUCCACUCAUCCCCCUCAGCCGAAACACGCUACUGCCCCCCAUUGGCGCUGGAGACAUGGAGCCCCCCCACACAGGACUGCACCCCCGACCUGUACAGCGGCAGAGGGGAACCUCCAGCCGGGCUCACAGCGCAGUGACUGAAGAGGCGGGCAGCCUGCUGCCCAGGGACAGACUACACCUGCUGGACAUCUUCUCCCGCCCCAACACCACCCACACCUUCAGAUCCGACACGCCGUACCGCCGCUCGUUCACGGUGCUGGAUAACAUCGCGCAGGGACGUCCUGGACGAGCGUCAGUGGGCACAGACUCGCUGGGCAUCGGCGUGACGGGCAUCAGCCUCGGGAUCUGCAGCUCCUCCUUCCUUGACUCGUUCACUCACCACACGCUCGGCCACUCGCCCAUCGAGGACGAGGAGGAGCCCGAUGCACAGGCUCCGCCCCCAGCGCUUCUGGUGCCUCUGUCUGUUCCCUCUCGGUCCCACAGUCGGGGGGGCCUCACCUCACGGAGCAGCCGACCAGGACUAUAGCACCACCCCAUUGCCCCCCCCCCCCUUCCUUAACCAAACACCUCAACACUACAGCACACCUCCGAGCCAAGCCAUCAGUGUGGGGUUCCACCCCCCUCUGGAGCCCACACUUAAUACUGCAGCUCUUUUAUACACCCACCGUUAGGCCAUCCAUUCAUUUCCUUUUAUUGUUUUUUUCUAAAGACCUAUUUUUGUAUGUCGAGUUCCAGCUUAAGUGGCUGCCAAAGACAGUUUGCUGUCUAACACUUCCACUCCGUCCCCGUUACCCUCGUACCACCCCCCCCUUACAUUCAGACCCCCCCUCCCCAUUGCGCACGGACCCCACCCUCCCUGUUACACUCGGACCCCCCUCCCCAUUGCGCACGGACGCCCCACUCCCUGUUACGCCCCCCCCCCGCGCCCCCUCCCUUACACACUAACACCCCCCCCCCACUCCGUUAACCGUUACACUCAGACCACAGCCCUCCUAUGUAGCCGAUUUGGUGAAGGAUAACUCAACCAAGCAGGGCGUAAAAACAGAGCCGUCGUUUCCACACCCACAACAAGACACGUUAUCCUCCGAUCCCGUUUCCAGGCAACAAUAAGCACACGACUGUAGAAUUUGCACAAGAGUAGCACAACUUAACGGAAACCUGCGGACAGCGAGCGGAGAGGAACGAGGGUUCCGCUGGAAGAAAUGCCUUUACUGACUGAACCUGGGCCUGUGCACAGGAGCGGGAGCACCGCCAUUGUGUCGGGCCGGUCUGUUUCACACCGUUGCACCUUCUCAUCGUUUCGUCCUCUUAAUCAACAUUUUAAAUUAAUUAACUGUAAAAAAAAAAAAAAUGUCAAUGAGCUAAACAAAGGCUUGACACAAACACUUGCUUUAUCAUAAACUUGCAGUUGACGAAAUUCCCUUUUUUUGUAAAAACAAAUAAACGUGUACAAACAUUA